CUGACAUUUACCUACCCUCUAAUUGCGUGUGUGGCUUCGAUUUUCUAUCGCUUUUAGUCGACAGGACGAUUAAAGCGAGGGGUGGAAUCAAGCGCUUCAUUAACAUAUAUGUUAAUGACCCCCGGUAUACAACAUUUACUUGAAAAUGAAAAUAUCAGUUGGCCUGUCAUUCCGCUGCGUCACACCACUGGCCGCACCAGCCCCAGCAGUCGGUCGUCUCCGUUUCCGCAGCAGUUUGGCUCCAUUGCAUUUCCCCAGUUCCGCUCCUAACAUUUUCGCGACCGAGCUAGCGCUGAUACCAUAAGGAUGUCGAGCCACCGGUCCUCCAACGGACCACCUCAGGCCAGACCUCUUGUUGCUCUACUUGACGGACGGGACUGUACAGUUGAAAUGCCACUGCUGAAGGAUGUCGCUACAGUAGCCUUCUGUGAUGCGUCCUCAACCGCUGAGAUCCAUGGCAAAGUAUUAGAGGAAGCUGUCGGCGCUUUGAUGUGGCAUACUAUAUCGUUGACACGUGAGGAUCUGCAAAAAUUCAAGUCCCUGAAGGUUAUCGUGCGCAUCGGAAGUGGAUAUGAUAACAUUGAUAUCAAAGCGGCUGGUGAACUGGGAGUCGCCGUUUGCAAUGUCCCCGGAUUCGGUGUUGAGGAGUCCGCGGACACGACUCUUUGCCAUAUCCUCACGCUUUACCGCCGGACCUAUUGGCUAAUUAACAGCCUGCAGAACGGUAAGCGCAUCAAUGGACCUGAACAACUGAAAGAACUCGCUAGUGGAUCAGCGCGUAUUCGGCGUGAUACGCUGGGCAUCGUUGGACUUGGUCGCGUUGGAACUGCGGUGGCUUUGCGUGCUCAGGCCUUUGGCUUCCAUAUUAUUUUCUAUGACCCGUACCUACCAGAUGGCAUUGAACGCUCACUCGGGAUCGAACGGGUUUACAGUUUACAAGAUCUGCUUUUCCAAAGCGAUUGUGUGACCCUUCACUGUUCGCUGAACGAACAAAACCGCCACAUGAUCAACGAAAACACAAUCAAACUUAUGAGACCAGGUGCCUUCCUCAUCAACACUGCUCGGGGUCCGCUGAUUGACGAAAUCGCUUUGGCCGCGGCUCUUAAAGAGGGAAGAAUCCGUGCGGCAGCUUUGGACGUCACUGAAACUGAACCAUUUGUCUGGAACAAUAGUCCUCUAAAAGAUGCGCCCAAUUUGAUUGUGACUCCUCACAUGGCUUUCUACAGUGAAUCUAGUAUGCGGGAGAUGCGUGAGGCUGCCGCCAAUGAGAUCAGACGUGCUAUUCUUAGCCGCAUUCCAGACUGUCUUCGAAAUUGUGUCAACAAGGAAUUUCUUUCUUGUGGCAGUGGCUCAUUGUCGUCCCAUGGUCUCGGAAGCAACUCGAUAUCAAACAGCCUAGGUAACAGUUUACUUGCCAACAACACUCAUCUGUCACUUGCCGCAGGCCUUCCCGGCGUCAACGUGUUGAAUAGUAGCAUGACGUCAGGUUUGUCAGGUGCUGCACGUGGACUUCAUCCUGCAGCUGCAGCUGCGGCAUUUGGUCUUCCUGCUGGCCUUUUUUCUUCCGGCGUUGGUGGAGCUGGUCUGGGUCUUGGGGGAGCAAAUUUGCCGUUCCCUGCUAAUUUGAUUGGUGGGGGCGCCGGAACGAGCCUUUCUGCUCCAUCUGUAUGCAGUGGUGGCAUUCUGACUAACAGCGGUGGACUGACAUCACUCCCCUCCCUACCACCUCCUCCAAAUGCAGCCGCUGCUGCUGCAGCUGCUCACUUAGCUCAUCUCGCUCAGCUUGGCGGACUUCCUCCGGUAUCUGCAUAUGCGAACUUUUCACCAGCUGGUGUGGCUGGUUUGGGUCUUCCACCGCAUCCUCCAUCGCUGUCAGGAGUUUCGGGAUCAGCUGGUGGCAUUUGCACUGCUUCUGCUACGACACCCAGUAUUUCCACGAACUCUACAUCUGGCGGCAACAGCACAACGACCGCUACCACCAGUAUUGGUGGGCAAACGGCUGGGUCGCCAGCUGCAGUUACGAGUGGGAGCGUAUCUAACCCCGGCUUUGAUAGCCUCAAUUUGAACGCCAGUCUGGCUGCUGCGGCUUCUCUCGUUGCUUCCGGAUUGAAUCCCAGGGCUGGGCGAAAAGAGUCCGGAGAGGCAUACGGUCCUCUUGCAUUCUACAAAAUCCCUCAACCACCACCAACAGUCGAUUUGAUUGAAUCCAGAAAGAAACCUCUGCAUGACUAA